GUCUGGGCCGGCUUUGUGCCGCCGGCCUAAGGUCGACGUAGGGGAGGGAGGGAGGGAAGCCUCGUCCCGGGCUGCCCCGCCUCGGCUCAGCUCUCCACGCCCUGUCGGGCCCCCGUUCUGAAGCCAGUAGGGGCCUCGGUUCCGGGCCGGGGUAGGCGACCCGGGAGAGGCGGGGACGCAGAUUUGGAUAGUACUGUGGCCUAAUAAUUAGGACAGUUGGUGGGAGCAAUGGAAGGCAGCAAGGCAGAAGAGGUGCUGGAUAUUCUCAGACUAAAUGUGGGAGGCUGUAUUUAUACAGCCAGGCGGGAGUCCUUGUGCCGCUUUAAGGAGUCGAUGCUUGCAUCUAUGUUCAGUGGACGAUUUCCUCUAAAGGUGGAUGAAUCUGGGGCUUGUCUUAUUGAUCGUGAUGGAAAUCUGUUUAAAUAUCUUUUGGAUUAUCUUCAUGGGGAAGUUCGGAUUCCUAAAGAUGAGCAAACUCGAAUUGCGCUGCAGGAGGAGGCUGAUUACUUUGGCAUCCCUUAUCCUUACAGUUUAUCUGACCACUUGGCCAAUGAAAUGGAGACAUAUGCUUUAAGGUCAAAUAUAGAACUUAAAAAGGCUUUGACAGACUUUUGUGAUUCUUAUGGGUUAGCCUGUAACAAACCUACUGUUUGGGUUCUACACUAUCUCAGCACAUCUGGUGCAAGCUGUGAGAGUAGAAUUAUUGGUGUGUAUGCCACAAAAGCAGAUGGAACUGAUGCAAUUGAUAAACAGCUAGGAGGAAGAAUUCGUAGCAUUUACAAAAGAGAGGCUGGAAAUAAUGUUCAGUACAUUUGGAGCUAUUAUUCAGUAGCUGAAUUGAAGAAGAUGAUGGAUGCAUUUGAUACUUGGGAAGGUGAAGGUGUUAGCUACUGGCGUGUUCCACAGGAAUUGAUAGAAUGCUGGACUCUUGAAGAGCGACCUUUACAGGGAAAUUUUCAUCACAUGGCUCCAAUUAGAAAAAGGCGCUUGAUAGCCUUGAAUGAGGAAGAAGAGGAUGGUGUGAAUUGUAAAGCAGGACCUAAACCCAUUAGAUUUUUGGGUCCUUCAACAAGCACACAUAUCAAAGUCAAGAAUUCUGCUUCAGUAAAGGUGAUUACAUCUAAUACUUCAAAAACCUCUUCCCAGAUGACAAUUAAGCGGCCCAGUAGUGGCAGUCAAAAUUUAGUUGGAUGCCAUGCAGUGUCAAAAACCAUACCUGACCCUGGCAUUUCUUCAGUGGCUGUGAAUUCACAAACACCCCGUGAAACUGGAAGUGCAGAAAAUGGUGAAACACAUACGUCUCCAGUGAAGACUUCCCUGUCAGAAAAGAAGCCUACCGCCACUCGAGUGAUCAAACUGAAGCGGACUCCUCUGUGUACCGUAACACCUCACUUGUCCUCCCAAGGAAUGAAUAAAACAAACCACCCCGAAACCUCGUCUGCUGAAAUGCCCAAUACUUCCAGUGUGUGGGCUCAAAAUGUGAAGAAUGAGAAUAACUAACAGUAACCAGGGUGGAAUUAAAAUUUCUUGUCUUUAUUUCUUAGAACUUCUAACCUGUAUGGUACAAUGAAGUUAAUAAGUAUCUUUUGAUACAGUAGUCAUGGAAACUACAAAUUUGAGAGUUACUGGGGAGUUUGUGGGCAAUAGGAGUUUUGACUGAAAGAUUAAAUGGUUAGGACUGAUAGGUUGUUUUUGAAAUUUUGCAGCAUUUAGUUUAUACAUAGGCAUAGUUGUGAAUCUCAAAUUUUAAAAGAAGUGAUGAAUUUGUUUUAAUUUUUUUAUGACACAAAGGCAAGAAAGCAGCUUAGCAAAGUAGUCAUCAGAUAAUCUUUGUCCUAACUACUUCAGGCAAAAAAAAAAAAAGGUAAAUCUAAACUUUGGGACUAGAGAGCACUUUCAUAUUUUCAUAUUUAUUGAAAGCCAGGGCUUGGAGUAUGUCACAGUCUUAAUGGACAGCAGUUGAUAUCUAUAUUACUAUAUUCUGUGUUAGUUAAAAGAUUGGAGAAUAAAAUGUAGAACCCCUAGUUUGGUCAAGUGGAAAUAACCCCCAUUCAGUCUAGGCCAUAUGACAGGAAAAUAUGGGAAGGGAGGACAUAUAAGACAAUACUUUGAGAUCAUAUCUUGACUCUUCAAAUUUAAAAGAGCGUUCUCUCUCUCUCUCUCUCUCUCUCUCUCUCUCUCUCUCUCUCUCUCUCUCUCUCUUUCUCUUUCUCACUCUCUCACACACACACGCACACACACACACACAGCCUCUCUUACUACUUUCCUUUUACAAAUCUGUUUGGAUUUAAUGUAAGGGGAAUUAUUAGGGCAUAAAUUAUAGGGUACUUCUUUAGAAUGAUUUGAUAAGAGGUUGUUUUCUCUUAUUUUGGUUAACAGGAAUUUUUUUUUUUACAUUUUGAAAGCUCUUUGAAACAAUAGAAGUUGGAAGUUUAACUGUCUUUUAAAAUAAAGCUAAUAUUUUUCAAAAAAUGACCAAACACUAAAAGAAGGCACUCAUUACACAACAUAAUUUGUAUGCAUAUAACUUUCCACAUGGGAAAAUGAAUUUAAGAUUUUUUUACAGAAUAUUUGGAUUAAUCAUCUAUUUUUCCAUGAAUAUUCAGUUGCAUAUAUUUUACCUUUUACAUUUUUUAUUUUAUAUCUGAACUCUUUCUACCUUCAAGGGAUAGUAUGCCUUUUGUGUUUUUAAAACUGAUUUCAUAAAACAAUACUUUAUACUUCACUACUCAUCAGAAUACUUGGAUUGAUCUGAAAGAAUAAGCUAAAGAUCCUUAAGAGGACUAAUUUUACAAAAAUAAAAUAAAACUUUUCCAGAAAAAGAAA